CUACGAUGGACUGCCGGUCAAGUGUGAACAAGCAUCCAUACCGGACUACGCUGCUUGGUACAGAGGUACAGUUUGAAAAGGGAUGCCCUGAUGGCGGAUGCUCGGAGCCAUGCGGCGCCAAAUUAAAUUGUGGCCAAUACGUGCCCAUUCCUGUGCCAUCGACUCCAGGACCAUUCAAAGAUGCGCUGUCACCAAAAAAUCACAAGUCGAUGUCCAGAAGAUCAUGUUCAGUCGAGGAGUGUAGCGAACUCGUCCUUCAGUGCCGCAGAUGUGGAAAUAUUCGCCAGACGACAGGAGGAGCUUCCUCAAAAACUGGACAGGGAGUCAAAAUGUAGGGCAUUAAUUCUGGAUGUUCGACGUCCCUCAAAUCCUUGGGGUCUGUCCAAUCCUGGUCAGAUACAAGAGAGGACAACCUUUACUUCCUGGCGUCGAAGCGGUACCGAUGCAAGCAAGGAAGACAAUAUGCAUGAGAGGACAGACUCUCCGACAAUGAGCACGUCUUCUAUGCUCAGCAAUUCUCCUUCAGUCACAGCCCAAGGAUCCCGCCAGCGCAAACCGCUUCGUCUCUACCCUCGAACUGGACCUUUGGAAUCAGGUUUUGCGAAACCGGAUGCUUCAUCAUUUGAUACCGAUGCUGAUACCACUCGGAUAAGCGAAACGAAGGCCAUUCAGGGGGGUUCGGCUGAUGCUAAGCAGAAUAUUGAACGGGGCGUGGACGAGUUGUUUGUCACUAGGGAUCUGGCGACGGCAGAGCAUUAUUUCUCUUUGCUUUCCCCAGGGUUUCAUUACCUCUUCGUUGAGAAGCUGGUAUGAAAAAUCGUCAAAUCGAAGAGAUCGGAUGCUCAGCUGGUAGUUGGGCUUUUUGCCCGUGUUUCCAGCGCACGCUGGCACCUUUGCUCCCGCAAAGUUUUCGAGGAAGGAUUUAACAGGGUUGCCAAAGAUAUCGACGACAUCGCUAUUGAUCAUCCCAUGGCACUCGAGUUGAUGCACCUCAUGAAAAAGGGUGCGGCGUUCGACGAGGCGCAUCGGGCUA